ACAUGGUGAAAGGAUAAUAUAUCCCACCUUUGCACAAAAAUAUUUCAAUCUAUCUAUCUAUCUAUCAUUCUCUUUCUUUCUUUCUUCUUCUUGGUGACAUGGCUACGGCAUCCUUCCAUACCAGUCAAUUGGGGUCUGCAUUUUUGGGUGAGAAGAAUGGAAUUUGUGUUUCGACUGUUCCCGUUACGCGUCUCGGUUUUAGAAGGAAGACCGUGGAGUGUAAAGAGUCAAGAAUUGGGAAGCAGCCAAUCGAAGUUCCAUCGAAUGUUGUAAUUACACUUGAAGGCCAAGAUAUGAAGGUCAAGGGCCCAUUAGGGGAGCUUGCACUUUCUUAUCCACGAGAAAUUAUGAUUGAUAGGCAGGAGGCGAUUAUUAAGGUCAGUAAGGCAGUUGAGACAAGACGGGCUAACCAAAUGCAUGGGCUGUUCAGGACUCUGACGAGCAAUAUGGUAAUUGGUGUAUCCAAGGGAUUUGAGAAGAAACUUCAGUUAAUUGGUGUGGGGUAUCGUGCAACGGUUGAAGGGAAGGAGUUAAUACUGAAUCUUGGAUUUUCACAUCCAGUCAAAAUGACAAUCCCAGAUGAUCUAAAAGUCAAAGUUGAAGACAACACACGAAUAACUGUGAGUGGAUAUGAUAAGUCAAGCAUUGGUCAAUUUGCAGCCACAAUUAGGAAAUGGAGACCACCAGAGCCAUACAAAGGUAAAGGAGUCAAAUACGCAGACGAGAUUAUUAGAAGAAAGGAGGGCAAAGCAGGGAAGAAGAAGUAGGCUGUGUGUUGACCAGAAUCCGUAUUUUCAUUGUAAUUUCCAUUUUGUUACCUCUUUUUUUCACAGUAUUAAAAGUUCUUUCCGAUCUUGCUUAAAGACCUUAUGGCUUCCUGUUAGUAAGAUAUUCAAUGGAUGAAAUGUGUAUCUUUUUUGGGUUAA